GAUGACAGACGAAGAAACAGAAGGAGAUGUUGUUCCAGUAAGGUCUUGUGACGACAUUGUUAUACCUAGAAGAUCGAUUCGUCCGGACCAUGAUAUUAGUUUCACCAAAAAAAUUGCUUUUGGUAUCGGCCAUUUUUACAAUGAUCUCUGCGCAAGCAUGUGGUUUACAUAUUUCAUGAUUUAUAUGGAAAAAGUAUUAAAAUUUCAAAGUAGUCGAGCUGGAAUGUUAAUGCUGAUUGGGCAGGUGACAGACGCAAUUUCCACUCCGUUAGUUGGGAUAUUCAGUGACUCUAACAUACUUCCUGCGUGUUUUGACAAAAUUGGAAGAAGGAUGUCAUGGCAUCUCAUAGGUACCGUGUUGGUUUCUUUAUCAUUUCCUAUGAUUUUCAAUAAAUGUUUUUUGUGUAAGAGUACUACUUCUGAAUGGCUAAAAGUACUCUGGUUUGUUCCGUUUAUUAUGGUGUUUCAAUUUGGAUGGGCUUCAGUACAGAUAUCUCAUUUGGCUCUAAUUCCCGAAUUAUCCUCCGUACCCGCAAGCAGAGCCACUAUGAAUUCCUUAAGAUAUGCUUUCACAGUCAUUGCAAAUUUAUCAGUUUACUUUGCACUGGCAUGGCUUCUCUCAGAAUCUACAGGACAUACUUCAAUAGGGCCAUGGGAUUUCAGUCAUUUUAGGCUAGCAGGAUGGCUAGUAGUGGUUCUGGGAAUUACCGUAGCUUUUGUGUUUUAUGCAUUUACCAGGGAACCAACCAAUUAUCGACGGUUCAGCCGGUUGAACUCAUUUUCUUCGGAUGCAAGCGAGCUGGUCCGCAUGCACUGGACCAGUUGGUUUGGGCAUGUUCAGUUUUAUCAGAUUGCUCUACUCUAUAUGCUUUCUCGACUGUACAUAAACAUCUCGCAAGUCUAUUUCCCAUUCUAUAUUACAAUGACACAAAACUAUGAAAAAAAAUAUGUAGCAAUUUUACCAAUGGUGGCAUAUCUCUCAUCGUUUUCCGUAUCAAUGGUAAACAGCCUACCUGUUGUGAGCAAACUUUCCAAAAAAAUACUGUAUAGUUUCGGAUUGGCAUCCGGUAUGCUAUCAUGUGCUGUCAUGAUGCUUGACUUACCAGGAUGGAAAAUUUACGCACUGGCUGUUGGAAUUGGAAUCGCACAGGCAAUAUUAUUGAUAACCUCACUGUCAAUCACGGCUGAUCUGAUAAACAAGAAUACAGAAAGUGGAGCAUUUGUUUACGGAGCAAUGAGCUUUUUCGACAAACUUUCAAACGGAAUCGCUUAUCAGCUGAUCGAAUUAUGGACUCCCGCUUAUGACGCGCUCAAACCACACGAAGUAAGCGCGAUUUUUUAUCGACGAGUGAUGGUAUUCGUACCCGGAACAUGUCUGGUCCUUGCGUUUUUGGUUCUCUUAUCGCUGGCACCAUUUAAAAUAGGGGAGAGGAGACGUGCACGUCCUGAAGAUGAACAGGCAAUUAUGGAAGACCAAGAUGACAUCUACCCUGAAAUUGUAGAAUAACGAAGCUUUAAUUUGAUUAUUUAAAAUAAUUUAUCACUUUUCCUGUUGAUCAUGUUCUCUGAUGCAUUUCAAACGCAUAGUCUUGUUUGAUUUUAUUGGUUUUGAUCAAACUUAUCACUUUAAUAAUUAUCAUACGAAUCCUGUGAUAUUGAUAAUAAAGUUACAAUGAAUG